AUGAACUCCGAACGCCAGCCCCGUAUACCCUUCAGCAUCGCAGACAUUCUAGGCCCUCGCAUGGUCCCCCGAGCACCCUCUGGGCCACAGCUUCCAGAAUCCUGCCCGGAUCCGACGUCGCCGCUGUGCGCCCUGGAGGAGCUGACCAGUAAAACUUUCCGCGGACUUGACGGGCGCGCUGCGCAGCCCUCUGAAGGCAGGGCCGCUCCAGACUCGCUGGGCCCUGGCCCUGCCGGCCGCAGACGACGGAAGUCACGGACAGCCUUCACUGCGCAGCAGGUGCUGGAGCUGGAGCGGCGGUUCGUCUUCCAGAAGUACUUGGCCCCUUCAGAGCGCGAUGGACUGGCUGCGCGGCUUGGCCUGGCCACGCACAGGUUGUUACUUUGGUUUCAGAACCGCCGUGCCAAGCUCAAGCGCGAUGUGGAGGAGAUGCGCGCCGACGUGGCCUCUCUACGCACAUUGUCCCACGGAGUUUUGUGCAGUCUGGCGCUGCCUCAUGAUUCUCAAAGCUCUGUCCCCAACUCCAGCCCGGGCCCCCUUGGGCCUAACUCGGGUCCCCUAUCAGAUGAAGAGAUACAGGUGGAUGAUUGA